CAGCACUGCUCGUCUAAUGUUUUUGUUUUUGUUGAUAUCGAAGAUAAACACAACAUUACCCCAGUCAAAUUAUAACGUAAUAUGAAUAUUUAUCUUAAAAAUGGUACAUUUCGCAAUCCAUGUGCCACCACAAUUUACCGCAUGAUCAGCUCUUCGGACGUAGCGACGGCGUUACGUCCGUUUUAUUUCGCUGUGCAUCCUGACUUGUUCGGGCGCUAUCCCGAGCAGCGCCAGGUGAAUGAAGAUUCCCUGAAACAUCUCAGCGCCCACCUAGAAUCGCUACUAAACCAAAGACGAAUACUUGCUUCCACACCAAAAGCGUUACCUUUUUAUGUGAGGGCUUCAAAUGCACCCGAGCACAGAGGAACAUUUACCCUCAUCAAAGUGCCAUUAGAAAAAACGACAAAUACAGCGUUGGUUUUGAGAAAAAUUCUUCAAUCCUGUAAGCUAUCCACUGAAUAUGUCGAUAAAAUGACACCAAGCAGUCCCACUGGAACCAACGGAAAAGGUCAACGUUCAAGGUCAAACGCUGUAAACGACCAAGAUUACUCGUUUCGUAGGAAAACAGAUGACAGCACAGACCAGAAUGAAUCCCCAUUCGAGAGUGAAUUUGAUAUUUUUCAGUUUCGAAUUAAGAAGGCGAGAGAAAAUGAAUCGUUGAAAUAUUGGCUCCAGAAACACAUUGUCACCGCCAGCGUGAGAACAAAAGGCUUGCAGGAGAUGAAAGAUGAGGUUGAGAAGCUGAAGGAGUCAAUGAUUAAGCAGCUGAAGGUGAAGGAAAUUGCAUAUGAUUGUGGCUGGAACGCAGAGCAUUUCCGGGGAUGUUUGAAGAGUUUGGAACGAUUAGCGGCAUUACAUCCUGAAGUGAUGGAGUCACUUAAUGAUAGGGUGGUUGUUUUUGGCAAUUUCACUGGAGUUAGUUUAGAUGGACACAUAAUGUUAUUUACUGGAGAUGUACAAAAGAAUUGGUUGGAUCUUAUACAAAACAUCAAGAAACAUGAUUCAUAUUUAGGGAAGCUUCCGGCAUAUGAAUAUGCUCUGUCUAAGGUGUUACGUAACAUACGGAUAGGGCGUCGUAAAUUUAUGCCCAAGGCACAAGCAAUGGCUUACGCUUCUCAUCUGCGUAGAAUUACUACUAGUUUACUUGAUUAUUUAGGUAAAGCUAAAUAUCCCAAAAGCUGGCCCGCGGAUUUAUCUAAAUUCGAAAUUGUUGUUGAAUCGGAAGCAGGCCCACUAAUGGUGAGCCCUACGGGGCAGCUGAUCGUCCCUGCCACUUGCCCAGGAACGUUACUAGUCGAUUUUCUCACAAACCAUUUGGAGGAAUCCCUCGCAAAGCAACAAUCGUACCAUCGUCAUAAAUACGUUGAACGGGAUCUGCACACGCGUUGUGUUAAGAAAUUUCAAUUACAGUCACUCAGCAAAGAUGAUUCCGUGACGCCGGAUCGAAUGAUUGAAUGUUUAGAAAAGCUUAUCACUAAUAACGAAUUGGAGUUGAAUAAUGUUCAUUUGAAUAUUACAACAUAUUAUUCGGUGUUAACAGAUGGUACCAUGUGUAUACCUUGGGAUUGGAAAUGAGUGAUGGCAAGGAUAUCUUUUCCAAAGCAGCCACUUGGGUAGAACUGCUUUGAGAUACUAUGCCUUUUCCGAAAUAUUUAGAUAAGAACAUUUUAUGACGUACUAUA